AUGGCAGAGAGCAAAGACAGGGAAAAGGAUCCAGACAUCCACAAGAUGAGCGUGUUUGUGGAGAAGGCCAGAAAGAUGGGCCGCAUGCCACUCAUAGCUGAGCUGGACAGGAGCCACCCUCUGGCAGUCGAGGAACUUGAGGAGCUGGUGACAGAGGCUCUGACAGGAGUCAAGGGAAGCAGACUCUCUUUGGAGUACAAGACAGUGCCACACAAUUCAGUCAAGUCUCUGCCACUUUCAUCGGAGGAGAAGCGCAAAAACAGAUACAGAAAUGUUCUUCCCAACCCUGAUUCUGCUGUGAGGCUGUCAGAUACUGGUGUGGCUGGCUCUCAGUACAUCAAUGCCAACUACAUCCACGGCUAUGGAGACAAGGAGGGGCAGUACAUAGCAACCCAGGGCCCCACAGCCAACACCCUGGCUGACUUCUGGAGGAUGGUAUGGGAGAAAGACGUCUCCAUCCUUGUCAUGACAACCUCGCUCGUCGAGAACGGCACGCAAAAGUGUGUCAAGUACUGGCCAGGAGCAGACGACAUGGACACUGUGGUGUAUGGAAACAUGGUGGUGAGGAACAACUAUGAGGAGGCGACCGAGUCCUACACCACGUCCUACCUCUCCAUCUAUCCUCAGUCUCCCGAUGGAAGAGAGACGGGGGAAGAGAGAGACGUCUACCACUUCUGGCACACUGCCUGGUGCGACUUUGGUGUUCCACGGGAGACUGGAUCGACCCUGAGACUGAGAGAGGCAGUUGAUGCAUUCAGAGCCCCCACAUCUGGUCCAGUACUUGUCCACUGCAGGUAG